CAAUCAUGAGUACUAUUGCAUCUAUCACCAAUUUCUUAACCAUUUUAAUUCCACUACUUUGUUCUUCCGUAUCUCAAACAAAAUCCUUUUCUUCAUCAUAUGAUUAUGAACAGCCACAAACUUACAUUGUUCAUGUCUCAAAACUCGACAAACCAUCCAUUUUUACAUCCCACCUUGAUUGGUAUACUUCAGCACUUCAAUCUCUUCCUCCUCAUCUUUCUUUGUCGUCUCAUCCUCGAGAUAUUAUUAUGUAUACUUACAAUCAUGCUGCCCAUGGUUUCGCUGCUCGACUCGCACCAUCUCAAGUCACAUAUCUCCGUAGUUUCCCGGGAAUACUUUCGAUACUCCCUCAACGAAUUCACCAACUCCAAACAACUCGUACCCCUAAUUUUCUCGGUCUAAAUGAAAAUUCUGGUCUAUGGCCUGAAUCAGAAUACGCCAGUGACAUCAUUAUUGGAGUUCUGGAUAGCGGAAUCUGGCCCGAAAGUCAGAGUUUUAACGACUCAGGUUUAAGGAAUUCUGUGCCGAAGAAAUGGAAAGGUAUCUGUGAGACUGCGCCUGAUUUUCCCAACACAUCUUGCAACAAGAAAAUAAUCGGUGCUCGAAUUUACUACAAAGGAUUUGAAGCAGAGUAUAAACAUAAAUUAAACGAGACGACAGACCCAAAAUCACCAAGAGAUACAACUGGACAUGGUACACAUACAGCGUCAACUGCAGCUGGAUCUGUUGUGAAGAAUGUUUCAUUCUAUGGAUAUGGUGUUGGAGACGCAAAAGGAAUGGCAACUAAGGCCAGAAUUGCUAUUUAUAAGGUAUGCUGGAGUGAAGGAUGUGGUGAUGCGGAUAUUAUUGCUGCAAUGGAUCAGGCUGUAGCUGAUGGAGUUGAUGUGAUUUCAAUGUCCCUUGGUCCAGAAAAUCAAAAGGUUCCGUAUGAUAAAGAUUCGCUUUCCAUAGCAGCGUUUGGUGCUGUACAGAAAGGGGUACUAGUUUCUGCUUCUGCGGGCAAUUCAGGUCCGGGUCAUUCCACAGGAGAAAAUGUCGCGCCUUGGUUUCUAACAGUUGGAGCAUCAACAAUCGACAGAGAAUUUCCUUGUAAUGUGAUUUUAGGAGACGGUAGGAUUUUUACGGGUGUGUCAUUAUAUUCCGGCAAAUCACUGGAAAAAGUACAAUUGGUUUCAUCUAGUGAUAUUGGUAGCCAAUUUUGUAAAGACGGAGAGCUUAAUUCAACCCAGGCCGCAGGAAAGAUUGUUCUUUGUGAUCCUGGUAAUAUUGUUGCACAGGGAAAUGCAGUCAAAAUAGCUGGUGGUGUUGGAUUGAUUUCAUCGGAAUGGGAAAACAAUGGAGAUGGAGUGGAUGCUGAAUCACCUAUGAUUCCAGGAGCUAAGGUGACAUUCAGUACCGCGGGGGCAAUUAUUGAAUAUAUAAACAAAGAACAAAAUCCAGCAGCGUCACUCGUAUUCAGAGGAACCGUGAUCCGAUCUUCACCAGCUCCAAAAGUUGCUUCAUUUUCUAGCCGUGGCCCGAAUCAUUUAACUCCUGAAAUUCUGAAACCGGAUGUUAUCGCACCGGGUGUUAAUAUCUUGGCUGCUUGGACCGGAGCUGCUGGUCCAUCAGAUUUAGAAGUCGAUAAAAGAAGGGUUGCGUUCAACAUAAUGUCUGGUACUUCCAUGGCAUGCCCUCACGUGAGUGGAUUAGCUGCAAUGCUUCGACAUGCUCAUCGCAAAUGGAGUCCUGCUGCAAUCAAGUCUGCUCUUAUGACUACAGCUUAUAAUUCAGACAAAGCUGGUAAACCAAUUACUGAUCUGGCUACUGGAAAAGUUUCAACACCAUUCCAACAUGGUGCAGGGCAUGUUGACCCAAAUAAAGCCUUAAACCCAGGCUUGGUGUACGACAUCCAGCCAAGCGAUUACGUCGCGUUCCUCUGCUCCAUUGGGUACAAUCAAACACAAAUGUCCCUCUUUAUCAAGGACAGGAAGGUCGAUUGCAGUUUAAACAAAUUGGCUGCUGGUCCCGGAGAUCUGAAUUACCCAUCAUUCUCGGUUGUUUUCAAAUCAUCCAAUGACUCGGUUAAGUACAAGAGAGUGCUCACUUACGUCGGGAAGCUCGGAUUUGCGCUUUACAGAGUGAAGGUUAACAGUCCACCGUCAGUUAAGAUUACCGUCACACCAAACUUACUUCUAUUCACCUCGUUAAGCCUGAAGUCCUCUUAUGAAGUCACAUUCACUAGCUUGGAUCUUAACACUACUAAAAUGGAGUUUGGGUCUAUCGAGUGGACUGACACUAAUAGUGUGCACGUCGUGCGGAGCCCUGUUGCUUUAAUGUGGCCAUCUCCAGCUGCUAAUGCUUCUACCACAAGUUUGACUGAUUCCUGAUGUUUGCAAGAAACUCAAUGAAAUCGAUCACUUAUCUUGUGUGAAAUAAUAAAAUUUGGCCAAGAUUCUUCUUUGUCCCCCACAUGACGGACCCCUUUCUUAACUACACCAUGUGUUCUUGAAUUUUUUGACUCUUUUCCAGAUUUCGUGGGAUCUUGAAUUCCAUAAUACUCAUUGAAUGCCUUAUGUUAGGUUAGUGGCAGCUG